AUGGCUUCUAACGUACAUUCUGGGAACGUAACCGCUGCCCGAACCUCCGAAACUGAGAUUCCCCUCACUGCCACCGUAGAAACCGAGCGGACGGUGGGAGCGGAAGUGAAAGAGGAGAAGCUAGUAGCUGAUCAUCCAACGGUUACUGAGGUAGCUCCGGCUGCAGAAACGACGGUUCCUAAGAAGAAACGACCUGGAUACUGUAUGUUUCGGGUUAUAGUGCCUGUGCAUAAAGUUGAGAGUAUUAUAGGACGGAAUGGAGGUCUAAUCAAGAUGUGCGAAGAGACUAAAGCUAAUAUUCGUGUACUGAAAGGCCCUGUUUCUGACCCUAACCGCAUUGUAGAAAUAUCUAGCAAGGAAGAUAUAGAGGCACCUUUGUCACCUGCAAUGGAUGCUGUGAUAAGAGUAUUUAAAUGUGUUAAUGAAUUUCCAGAAAAUGAAAGUGAUGGUGUAGCCUCUAUUCCAUUUUGUUCAAUUCGACUGUUGUUAACAUCAAUACAAGCCACGAGUUUGCUUGAGACACAAGGAUCUCUUUUAAAGAGAAUACAGGAGAACACGGGUUGUUAUAUUCGCAUUUUAUCUUGUGAUGAAGUAUCAAAAUUAUCCACCAACUCAGAUGAUAGAGUUGUCAAUUUAAAGGGAGAAGGUCUCAAGGUUCUGCAAGCUUUAGAAGCUGUUCUCGGACACCUAUGCAUGUUUUUGGUUGAUCAUACCAUUCUUCCUCUCUAUGAGAAGACUUUAAGACCGGGCCAAGUAGUCUUAAACACGCGUCACAGUAAGAAGCGCCGCCGAAUCGUUGCUGCUGAAGCACCACAUAAAGAAGGGAUGGUGUGUAGCUCUUUGGUUAAAGUACCUCCAGAGUUGCCUCAAGUACAACCCGCAACUGCAUGUGUGACAGUAGAGAAUAAAGCUGAGGUACCACCAGAAUUGCCUCAAGUACAACCCGCAACUGCAUUUGUGACAGUAGAGAAUAAAGCUGAGGUACCACCAGAAUUGCCUCAAGUACAACCUGCAACUGCAUGUGAACCUAUAGAGACUAAAACCGAGGUGCUGGUUUCUGUUGAUGAUUCGAACAUGGUUGAAGACCAGGCUUUGACCGGACCGGAACCGGGUGAAAUAACCGAAGAACCUCAAGCAGCCGUACCUCUUGUUCCGCUAUCAUCCAAAAAGUCACCACCGCCCUCAGCCGCUACUGUAGCACAAGUGGAACCACAGAAAAAACCGAUAAUGUGCAACUCUCUGGUUAAAGUUGAAGUACCACCAGAAUUGCCUAAAGUACAACCUGCAAGUGUAGUGGCAAUAGAGACUAAAAGGAGGAUGUCGGUUUUUGAAGAAGAAAUAUUGGGAGUCUUGAAGAUGAUAGCUGAUAACAUUAACAACAAACCAGAAUCACCUCCAAAACCAACAUUUGAAGAUUGUGAAAAGAAGUUGAAUGAGCUUGGGUGGGCGAAAGAUGAUCCGUUACACCUAGUUGCACUCCCCAUUUUUUGUGAUGAAAAAGAGAACUAUAGGGAAUUAUGGAUGAAAUUAAACCCGAAUUUGUGUGUUAGUUGGGUUAGAAUGAUUGGACGUAGUAAAAGAUUCACGUAA